CCCACCAGGGGAAGGACCAGAGUGGCAGAGAGGAAGGCCAAGAGAAGCAGAGUUUGGAGGAAAGGCCAUGUUCAGACGAAAGAUGCUUCCACUUCUGCUCUUAUUCCACAUGCAGUUUUCCAAGGCCUUUCCAGUACCUUCUACAUUCCAAGAAGAGAAAAGUAUACACGUUGUUCAGAGUUACCUAGAACACUUCUACCAGUUGCCACGAAACAGCUCUAAAUUUGAAAGGAAAAAUGGCACUAGUGUGAUUGUUGAAACACUCAAAGAAAUGCAGCGAUUCUUUGGGUUGAAUGUGACUGGGAAGCCAAAUACGGAAACUCUGGAGAUGAUGCAAAAGCCUCGCUGUGGAGUGCCUGACCAUGGCGGUUUUCUGUUAACACCAGGAAAUCCCAAGUGGAAACAAACUGACCUGACCUACAGGAUUAUUAACUAUACCCCUCAACUGUCAAAGGCUGAUGUGGAAGCAGCUAUUGAGAAAGCCUUUGAAGUCUGGAGUAACGCAUCACAGCUGACCUUCACUAAGGUCUCGCAGGGAGAAGCAGACAUCAAUAUUGCUUUUGCCCAAAGAGCUCAUGGUGACAAUUCUCCAUUUGAUGGACCCAAUGGAAUCCUUGCUCACGCCUUUCAGCCAGGUCUGGGUAUUGGAGGAGAUGCUCAUUUUGAUGCAGAAGAAACAUGGACCAAAACCCCCGAAAAUUACAACUUGUUUCUUGUUGCUGCCCAUGAAUUUGGCCAUUCCUUGGGACUCUCUCACUCCUCUGACCCGGGUGCUCUGAUGUAUCCCAACUACGCUUACAGCGACACCAGCACCUACUCACUCCCUCAAGAUGACAUCAACGGCAUUCAGGCCCUCUAUGGUCUUUCAAAGAACCCUAUCCAACCAACUGGACCAAGCACACCCACAACCUGUGACCCCCGUCUGACAUUUGAUGCUAUCACCACACUCCGCGGAGAAAUAUUUUUCUUUAAAGACAAAUACUUCUGGAGAAGGCAUCCUCAGCUACGAACAGUAGAACUCAAUUUUAUUUCUCUAUUCUGGCCAAAACUGCCGAGUGGUAUACAGGCUGCUUAUGAGGAUUAUGACAGAGACCUAGUUUUCCUAUUUAAAGGCAACCAAUACUGGGCCCUGAGCGGCUAUGACAUUCAGCAAGGCUAUCCCAAGGAUAUCUCAAACUAUGGCUUUCCAAGCAGUGUCCGAGCAAUUGAUGCAGCUGUUUCCUACAGCUCAAAAACAUACUUCUUCAUAAACAACCAGUUCUGGAGAUAUGAUAACCAAAGACAAUCUAUGGACCCAGAUUAUCCCAAAAGCAUAGCAAGUACCUUUCAAGGAAUAGAAAGUAGAAUUGAUGCAGUUUUCCAGCAAAAUAACUUCUUCUUUUUCUUCAGUGGACCAAGAUAUUAUGCAUUUGAUAUUAAUGGUCAUAGAGUCACUAGGGUUGACAGAAGUAUUAGAUGGCUUAAUUGUAGAUAAAGUUGAAGUGAAAUCAAGUGUAUCUAUAUCCAUUUUCUGAAUAUAAAA